UGAGUAACGGUUGGACUUAUGAAUCUGCCUGGAGAACGACUAAAAGUUAGAGGCCGGAUAUUUUGGUGUGAUGGCUGGUUAGGUGACGGAGAGAGUGGAAGCUUCUGGAUAUCAGGCUGAAGAAGAAAGAAGAAAGGGGGCUUGGAGAUCGAGGGAGGAACACCGUAGGAGUAGAGGAGUGAGGGGAUGGCUGUCCGUCGGUGGUUUGGUUUCUUCACAAUUUAUCUCCGCUGAAUCUAUUACAGGAGAACUGAGAACUGCAAAAUAGAACCAAACAAAGUUUAGUCGAAGCAAAAAAGAAAGAAAAAAUGCCGCCAUUACCAUGAACUUACUACGAGACCCGACAUGGAAACCAGAAUCCAACUCCGACCCACGAAUCAUCCAUGCCCAAGCUCUAAAAUCCCCACGCAUCGAUCGGUCCGUUUACAACAAUCUAAUCACCCUCUACUCCAAAAACAACUUCCUCGCUUCCUCUCUCCGUGUCUUCAAUCAAAUCCCAUCACCCAACAUCGUCUCAUGGACCUCCCUCAUCUCAGCUUACUCCAAUUCCCCACACUCCCUCACCUUUUUCCUCUCCAUGCUUCGCCACCCUAUCCUCCCCAACCAACGUACCUUAGCCUCUCUUUUCAAAACCUGCGUUUCCCUCGCGUUACCUUUUCUUGGCCUUUCUUUGCACGCUCUUUCCUUUAAACUUUCCCUCAAUACCCAGCCCUUUUCUGGUUCCGCAUUGAUUAAUUUUUACUCCGCACAUCGCCUUCCGGUGGACGCAAGGAAAGUGUUCGAUGAGAUGCCUGAACGAGAUGAAGUUUGUUACGCGGCAGUGAUUGUUGGGUUGGCGCGGAAUUCUAAGCCAGUUGAAUCUUUGUCUUUGUUUGCUAAAAUGAAAUCUUGCAAUGUGGGUUCUACUAUGUAUAGUGUUUCCGGGGCGUUAAGAGCUGUUGCGGAUUUGGCUGCCUUGGAGCAAUCUAGGAUGAUUCACGGGCACACGGUGGUUACUGGGUUUGAUAAGAAUGUGAUAGUGGGGAGUGCUUUGGUUGAUGGAUAUGGGAAAGCAGGGCUUGUUUUGGAUGCAAGAAGGGUUUUUGAUGAGAAUAUUGAGGUGAUGAAUAUUGUCGGGUGGAAUGCUUUGAUGGCAGGUUAUGCACAGCACGGGGAUAAGAAUUCAGUGAUUGAGUUGUUUCGGUUGAUGGAGAGUGAAGGGUUUGUGCCUGAUGAAUAUAGUUUUCUGGCUCUGCUUUCGAGUUUUUACAAUGCAGGUUUGGUUGGAGCAGAGAUGUGGUUGAAGAGGAUGAAACUGGAGUAUGGUAUAAAGGCGCUUGAGCAUUAUACAUGUUUGGUGGGUGCGUUGGGGAGAGCUGGGCAGUUGGAGUAUGCGGAGAGGAUUGCUAUGACAAUGCCGGUUAAGCCUGAUGCUGCUGUGUGGAGAUCGCUGCUGUCAAGUUGUGCUCAUCAUGGUGCAGCAGAUAUGGCUUUGAGAAUGGCUAGGAGGUUGUUGGAGUUGGAUCCUGAUGAUGAUUCAGCUUAUGUGAUAGCUGCAAAUGUCUUAUCAGUUGCAGGGAGAUGGGAUGAGGUUGCAGAAAUGAGGAAGUUGAUGAAAGAUAGGAGGGUGAAGAAGGAAGGCGGGAAGAGUUGGAUUGAAGUCAAGGGGAAGGUUCAUGUGUUUUGGGCAGGGGAUAGGAAGCAUGAGAGGACUGAAGAAAUAUACACCAAGUUGGCGGAGUUGAUGGAAGAGAUUGAGAAACUAGGGUACAAACCCGUCUGGCAUGAGAUGUUGCAUGAAGUAGGGAAAGGGGAGAAACGAGAAGCACUUUGGUACCACAGUGAGAAGUUGGCUUUAGCAUAUGGGAUAGUGAGUGAUGCAGCACCACCAGGGAAGCCUCUGAGGAUCAUAAAGAAUCUGCGGAUUUGUAAGGACUGUCACGAGGCUUUUAAGUACAUAAGCAGAGUGAUAGAGAAGCAGAUCAUUGUAAGAGAUGUUAACAGAUACCAUAACUUUUCUAAUGGUAGUUGUACUUGUAGGGAGUUUUGGUAACUUAUAAAAGUCUUCACCUUUUUUCUCA